AUGGGACACUUGAAGGACAGGAACAGCAGGGCCUGCAGAGGCUUCUCUGGCACAGAUGUGGGGAGACCCAGGCCAACUCCAAGAGGGGGAGGCAGGGGGCGCCCGCCGUCCCGGCGCCGCCACCGCACCACCUUCAGCCCAGGCCAAUUGGAGCAGCUGCAGGCAGCCUUCACCAGGAACCAGUACCCCGACAUCUGGUCCAGAGAGAGCCUAGCCCGGGACACAGGCCUCAGUGAGGCCAGAAUCCAGGUCUGGUUCCAGAACCGUAGAGCUAAGCAGAGGAAGCAGGAAAGGUCCCUGCUGCAGCCACUGGUUCACUUGUCCCCUGCCACCUUCUCCGGAUUCCUGCCUGAGGCCCCUGCUUGCCCCUACUCGUACCCAGCACAGCCUCCCCCCAUGGCCUGCUUCCCUCACCCCUCCUAUAGCCACACCCUUCCCGCUCAGCCCUCCACAACCAGCUCCUUUGCUCGGCACCCCCAGUCUGAAGACUGGUACCCCACUUUGCACCCAACUCCUGCUGUCCAUCUGCCUUGCCCUCCUCCCCCACCCAUGCUCCCCCUCACCCUGGAGCCACCAAAGCCCUGGAACUAAGGCCAAACAAGCACCAGGGUGAUGUAGAAAUAGGGUGGGGGGUGGGCACAGUUCAGAGCUUGGGAACUUGAAAACAGGAGUUUAUACUGCAGGCUUGGGA